UUUGUCUUUUGUUUGGUUUGUGUGAUGUAGAAAUUAAACUUCCAUACAAAUUUGGAGUGUAAGUUAAGUUAAGCAAUUAAAUGUAAUUCAAUGGAAGUUGCAAAGAAUUUUUUUUUAAAUUCGCAAAAUUUAAUUUAAGUAUUAAAUUUGUUAAAUUAUAAUUGUAACUCAUUACAUCAGCUAUGGAUAGUUAUACAUCAAGCAGUAAUAUUUGUCCUACACACUCAAAAACCAUAAUACACAUUGAUAUGGAUUGUUUUUAUGCUCAAGUUGAAGAAAUAAAAGAUCCUUCUUUGAAAAAUAAACCUUUAGGAGUUCAGCAAAAAAAUAUAGUUGUUACUUCUAAUUAUAAAGCCAGAAGCUAUGGAAUAACAAAAUUAAUGCUUGUUGAUGAAGCCAAAAAACUAUGUCCUGAUUUAAUAUUAGUGCCUGGAGAGGAUCUUACACCAUACCGACAGAUGUCUGCAAAAAUUUUUGAAAUUUUACAUAAAUUUACACCGUUGGUUGAAAAACUGGGAUUAGAUGAAAACUUUUUAGAUGUGACUAACAUUGUUUCAGAACGUCUUAAUGGAAAUUUCAGUGAUGUUGUUUUUGAAGUAAAAGGUUGCGUUUAUCCACCGAAUUUCAGUUUAGACGACUGUUCUUGCGGAUGUGCACAAAGAUUGUGCGUUGGGACUCACAUCGCGAAAGAAAUUCGUAGUGAACUAUUUAGAACACUGGGAAUAACGUGUUGUGCUGGAAUAUCUUACAAUAAACUUUUAGCUAAAAUUGUUGGUAAUAAAAAUAAACCUAAUAAUCAGACGGUGCUUGUUUCAAGUAAAACCGAACAAUUUAUGAGAGAUUUAAAUAAUCUAAUGAAAAUCACAGGUAUAGGACAAAAGACUGAAUCAUUACUUUUGGAAAAUGGUAUUGCCAACAUUACAGAUUUGCAGAGAUGUGAUUUAGAAGUUUUAAAGAAAAAAUUUGGUUACGAAAUGGCAAUCAAAUUGAAAGAUUUAUCUUUUGGAAGGGAUAACAACUCUGUACGUUCAACUGGUAAACCGAAAACAAUCAGUUUAGAAGACUCGUGUCGUCCUAUUUCUGUAACAAAAGAUAUAGAGGAAAGAUUUCGUUUGAUGUUAAUGAGAUUAGUGGGACAAGUAUCUGAGGAUGGAAGAAUCCCAGUUGCAUUAAAAAUAACAGUUCGAAAAUUUGAUCCUCAAAAAAAAACCAGUCAUCGAGAAACAAAGCAAGCAAAUAUUUUGCCAACACUAUUUCGUAUAUUAAGUGAUGGACAAAUAAUGUUAGCUGAUAAUGGUCAGGAGAAGUUAAUUAAAAUCAUCAUGAGACUUUUCGAAAGGGUCGUAGAUAUGAAAAAAUCUUUUAAUAUUACACUUUUAGGAUUAGCAUUUUCCAAGUUUCAAGAACGAAAACAUGGAGUUUCCCCAUCUAUUGCAAAUUAUUUUAUUCGAAAAAGUGAUCUUGAAGUACAAUCAAUUACGAACUUAGUGAAUAAAGGCAGCCUUAAUGAAGAAAUAGAACCAGAUUUUCCGCAGAAUUUAGAGAAGCCUCUUGAAGCAGCAUCCACAUCUAAUGACAGCUUCCAAAAAAGACGUUCAACAACAACAGCUUCACCUAUUCCAAUGCUUUUAGAUGUGGACUCCAUGUCAUCAGAUUUUUCAGAUAUUUCGGAAGCGGAAGUCGAACCUUCGCCGAAGAAGAAAAGAAGAUUAGGACUUUUAAUAGCAAAAAGACGGCUUUCCCCUCCAAGUGAAUCUGAAACAUCAUCCCCAAGUAAAUUAAGAGUUUCGGAAUUACGACUUAAUUCCCGUGAUAGCGAUAAAGAUAGUCCAAUAUCAUCUCCAGUAGCUUCAGCCGUACCAAUUCGUAUGUUUAGUAAAAUGAAUCAAACAAGUUUUUUUACAAAUGCUAUCAUACCGUCCUCAAAACAAAUAACGCGGCCUAACUGCAACAAAAGUGGCAGUUUUAACGCUGCAAAGCCUUCACAUAAAGAAACGCUGUCAUUGGACAAUUAUAAAAUGGAGCAAGAUUUUCAAUUAUCAAAUAAACAAGAUCAAACUCAAACACAUGUUGAAAGUUCUCUCGAUGAAAAAGUGUUAGUUCCCCCAGGCGUAGAUCCGGCUGUAUUUAAAGAUUUACCUCAAGAUUUGCAAAAAGAAUUGAUUCAGAAUUGGAGCAGGAAUGCGCUUGAUGUGUCAUUAAUGGAUAAUGUUCCUAAUGCUCCUAUUAACAGCAGAGCAUCCAAAACAAACGGCGCUAAUACAUUGCAUAGAUAUUUUAUAAGAAAUAAAUAACUUAUUGUUUAUUCUCUGGAAUCGUAGCUAAUGAAAUAAAAUAAAAAUUUCAAUAUUCAUUGGA